CUUCUAACAGACGGCAGAUGCCGCCCUUUCUGCCGGUAUCUACAGGCGCUCCUACGUGUGCGACGCUGUAGCUGUGAGGUGAGGGUGUAGGGCAGCCGGGCUGCGUCACCCUCUUUCCUACCCGAAAUCGUGAAGCCCCGCCCUGGGUGACCCGAGAGAUAUGUCUAUCACGGGCUGCGCCGAUAGAGAAUACAUCAAUAGGACAACAAUAACGUUAUACUAAGUGAAGCAAAAAAAGUUCAAGGGAUUAUCAACAAUAAAAAAAAAAAUCAAUUGCAACAUCAUUCUAGUCAGACGUCUGUGUGCAUAGAUCUAGAUAAAAGAUCAAACUCAAGGCGUUGUGUGACUCGGGUCAAUGAGUAACUCCUGUUUAGGAAUGGGGUGAUGGGUGUUUUGCUGGACACGUUCGCUGGAAAUUUGCACCUCUUAAGAGGAUUAUGUCCUAAGCGAGAUAGCUGCAGCAUGUGGUCGCAGGAGCAUAAUUCUUGCACAGCAAAGUAAAGAAACCCCGCUUUCAAGAGACUCGGCAAAAUAAACAUUACAAUUGCUGCCUGGACUUGCAUGUGUUGUGUCGUUGAUAAACUUCAAUCUCCCGCUGGUCUUCAUACACCCGUUUACCUGCCGGGCUGCCACAAGGUGAAGGGCGUUUCCAGCCUGUGGGGGCCGGGCAGUCUCUAAGGUGUCGUCCACUCACAAAGGACACUGGGAGAGGCCACGCCCACGUCCCCGCCCCCCCGCCUGAGCAGCGCGACUCGCUGCAGGAAAUCGGGUAGGCAAAAAAAACGAAGUCGGGGUAAGUCGCUUUGCGAUGACGCGGAACGUAUUUCAUCGAUGGUGACGCCCGGGUGAUUAAAAAAAAUACCCUUCUGAAUUGACACAUACUGUAACGGUCUUUAUCAAAUAUCAUGCCGAUCGCCGUGGUUUCACUGACGUGUCUGUUCUGAUCGACGCCUGAAAGGACGCGAAGCGCCGCUGAAAGCGCCGGAGAGCGCUGCGCAGCUGGAAAAGCGCCCUGUAACUGUAUUUUUGUUGUGCAUCUCUGGCCGCAUCAAGCGGCAGCACUUCAUCUCGCCUGCCUCCGCUGUUCCAGCCCAGCAACAACUGCACUAGUGUCACCAGCGCACGUAACUCUUCAUACUGGGACGCAAAAAUCUUGGCAAUGAAAUGAGGUUUGUAAAUCUACAAUGAGCUGCCCCUGAGAAACAAAAGAGGGCCGGGCUGACAACUCGUCAUUUGAUGAACGCUGCCUUUUCGGGAGGGGGGACGGUCACACAAUGGCGAGCAAACGGAAGUCCACUACCCCUUGCAUGGUCCUUCCCACAGAAGCAGGGGAGCAGGACCCGGAUAUGGAGAUGAUAACGGAGCUGGAAGAAGGCACCGACGCCCCAGUGGAAACACCCUCAGAAAGCGCUGCGGUCCCAGCUGAAAACGCCUCGAGCGAGGAAGACAUGCAGGAUGUGGACCGCUACAUCGAAACCAUGGAUUCCAAAAAGGUGGAAGGUGGAUACGAGUGCAAAUACUGCAGCUUCCAGACCACGGAACUGAACAUGUUCACCUUCCACGUGGAUUCGGAGCACCCCAACGUAGUGUUGAACUCCUCCUACGUUUGUGUGGAGUGCAACUUUCUAACCAAGAGGUAUGAUGCACUUUCAGAACACAACUUGCGCUACCAUCCCGGGGAGGACAAUUUUACCCGCACCAUGGUGAAGCGCAAUAACCAGACCAUCUUUGAGCAGACCGUCAACGACCUGACCUUCGACGGCAGCUUUGUGCAGCAGGAGAACGAGGAAGGGGGCGAGGACACCACGGCCACUGGGAUCCCGCUCAGCAAAACCCCCAUCAUGAAGAUGAAAAACAAGGCGGAGCCCAAAAGGAUCGCCGUGCCCCACAAGGCCGCUGAGGAGAAUGAAGUGAAGGAUGAGAGCGAAGGUGAACAGGAGCCCAAGGAGACGGCCCCUGUCGGGACGCCGGCUCCCGUGGAGGUGGUGGCUCCGGUCCCGAUGGAACCGGUGAAGCCAAGUGUGGUCGUCAGCAACAGUUCCGCGCAGCAGGAUCCAAAGAAGACAAUAAUCAAUUCUGCCACCGUUCUCCCAGCUGGGCUCGCUCAAGUCCUGUCGGCCCUCCAGGCCCAACAGAAUUCCCAAACCCAGCUCCUGAUACCCGUCAGCAGCAUCCCAACUUACAACGGGGCCAUGGAUAACAAUGCCCUUCUUGUGAGCACCUACAACAAGUUCCCUUACCCCUCGGUGUCGGAGAUCAUGGGGCUGUCAGCGCAGACAAAGUACACAGAGGAGCAGAUUAAGAUCUGGUUCUCUGCCCAGCGCCUCAAACACGGUGUGAGCUGGACGCCAGAGGAGGUGGAAGAAGCCAGGAGAAAGCAGUUCAAUGGCACCGUGCACACCGUGCCACAGACAAUCACAGUCAUUCCUGCCCAUCUCUCGGCGGCAGCCAACGGCCUUCAGCCCAUUCUACAGACCUGCCAGAUAGUUGGCCAGCCGGGCCUUGUGCUGACACAAGUUGGUGGCACCAAUCCCUUACCGGUAACCACUCCCAUCACAUUGGCAGUAGCUGGUGUGCCCAAUCAAACACAUCUGCCAAAACCUGCUAUGCAGACAACCCCGACUGUAGUGGAAACAAAGAGGGCCACCACCGUUCAGCCUCCUCCUCUGACCCCUCAGGAGAACUCUGCUCUGAGCGCUGAUAAUUUUGGAAUGCGACCUAAAAAGUCUAAAGAGCAGCUUGCAGAGCUGAAGGCCAGCUACCUGAAGAAUCACUUUGCCAGUGAUGCAGAGAUAGCCAGGCUGAUGAAACUGACCAAUCUCACAAAGGGCGAGAUUAAGAAGUGGUUUAGUGAUACGCGCUACAACCAGCGCAACUCAAAGAACAAUCAUGUUAUUGUUUUCAAUGAAAACAACAAUGUCAACAACAAUGCCACCAUAGUGAUUGAUUCGAGCGAUGAAACUACAGAGUCUCCUACGUCUGGCCCUGUCAAAGAGUCACGGAAACAGACCUGGAACCCAUUCCCAGACUUCACACUCCAGAAGUUCAAAGAGAAGACCCCCGAACAGCUGCUGAUACUGGAGGAGAGUUAUCAGAAGAACUCCACACCUACAGACGAAGAACUCAGCCGACUCAGGUCUGAAACCAAGCUGACCCGUCGGGAGAUUGAUGCCUGGUUCACGGAAAAGAGGAAGGCGCCGGAAUCGACUGAUUCCAAGCCAGAACGCAAGGAGAGCGACCCUGUGAAAUCAGUCGCCGUCAAGCAGGCAUCACAAACUCCCCCCAGCGGCAGGAGCAGGUCGGGCAGAGAAAAGAUCGGGAAAAAGACCCCGGAGCAGCUCCACGUCUUGAAAAGUGCCUUUGUGCGCACGCAGUGGCCGUCGUCGGAGGAGUAUGAUAAGCUCGCAGAAGAGAGCCGCCUUCCUAGGUCCUACAUUGUCAACUGGUUUGGAGACACAAGAUAUGCCUGGAAAAACGGCAACUUGAAAUGGUACUUUUAUUACCAGAGUGGCAACAUCAGUGCUAUAAAUGGAAGUGGAUACAGGAAGAGAGGAAGAGGUAGAGCCCGAAAUAGAGGGCGAGGUAGGCCUAGAGGGAGACCCAGGGCGGGCAAGAGGUCAUCUAGCUGGGGUAGGUCACCACCAGUGAUGAAGUUUAAGACUGGAAAAGAAAUUCUUAAAGAGUAUUACCUAAAACACAAGUUCCUCAAUGAGCAGGACCUCGACGAGCUGGUGGCGAAAUCCAACAUGGGCUACGAGCAGGUCCGGGACUGGUUCGCCGAGGUGCACAGGCGGGAGGACACGGGUGCGGACCCGUUUGACGAUGGGGUGGAGAACGAGGAGCCGGAAGAGGAGGAAUCGCAAGGUGAAAGCGAGGCGGGAGCGGGGGGCCUCGAAGACGUUGCUGGCGAUGAGGAAGACGACGAAACGGACGACAGCGAGACCUGGGAGCCUCCUCGAAGUGUCCGGCGCACUCUCUCUGGCUCCGAGGAUUAGCGCCAAUCCAGGUGAGCGUCGAGAAUUGCCCUUUUAUUUAUACUGAAGAAAGCAAUGGAAGCUGAUAAUUUGUAUGUGGAAUAGGCUGAGCAAAGCUCAGAGCAGAGUUCGAGGGUGACGUGAAGGUAGCACAUCAGUGUCCUCUUCGUAUCCACUGGAGGGUCUAUGGUGCCAAAGUUACACGCAGCAGGCAUUCCUGUCUUGUUUACAGAGUGUUUAAUUAGUGAAUCUGUCCAAAAUGGAGCUUAAUUACAUCUGUACCCUUGGUACCCAAUGGUAUUGGGUAUUAAAAGUCUCUGUGCACAUACUUCAUUGGGUACAGUGACCACUAUUUUAUCUUUUGUCUUAGAUUAAAACUAUGGUGGUGAAGUAUGAUUUGCCACCUUAAAUCUGGUUGUUUAAUAGCAUUGAGAGACCAAAAGUUUUAUAAGAAGAUUUUUUUUUAAAUGCAUUUAACUCCAGAGUUCCCUGUUACAGUAUGUGUACAGACCAUAUUUGCACCUCCUUGUCUUUGUUCAAAUGAUACAAUGGAAGGAGAUAUUUAAAUUACUCUUUUAAGAGGUUCGUGUACUACAGAUUUAGAAAGGUAUGACUGGCUUGUGUUUUGUGUCAUAUUUUUCACACAAAAUCCUUCUCAUGUUACCCCCAUUCAGUUUCUCUCCCCUUAUAAUGACAGAAUUAAAUGAGAAAACAGCAGGCAGUUUUCAUAGCUGCCAAUUAAGUCACUACCCAAUUUUAACAAUGUACUGUAGGUGAACUGCACAGAAACUAAGGAGUUCAUCGAUCAAACAGUUCUUGCCCAAGGGUUGUUGGAGGUACAGGAUAUGCAUAUAUAAGAGGAUAAAUUAGGGGUCAGGCAGCCAUCCUGAUUAAUGUAGGAACCCUAGACAUACUGUAUUUAUCAUGUUGAUAGAGGAAUUAUACUUGUGAAGUUUGCAGGUCAAACUACACCACAGGACACAGUGUCCAUGUCCUGUUUGGUUGUCAAAGUCAUUGUAGCGACUUUUCGGGUGCAAACCUAAAUAAAAAGCUUUUGUUCUGGAUGAAAUCUGCCAGGGUUCAAUUCAGCUGGUGCCAUGGUUCUUAAGAACGUGAUUUUGAAAAGUUUUCAGAUUUGCAGGGUUCAGCUCCCAUCUUGGUUGGCGUAGUUAUUGUGUUGAUAAGGCUUUACAGUUGUAACAGAACAUGGGGAUAGGGGAUACCUGUAUACCUGCCUAGUGUGAAGCUGCUUGAUCUCUGAACAACAGAUUGAAAAGCAGGAAGAGCAAAAUCCUUAGAAGUAAUUUUGUGGUUAACUAAUCCUUAAAAAUAAUUGAUGCUUUAUAAAUGUAUUUAUUACUCAGUUAAAUUAACCCCACUUUUCAGGAAGUAGAAGCAUUAUGUAUUCCACUUGUACCUUGAAUAUUAGAAAGAUUCUUUCAUUCUUUUCUAAAAACUAGAAAGCACAUAUUCUGACCACCGUCAUGAUCUUCUCAAUGAUCACUGUUAAGAAUCCACAGUUGUUAGAAAAAUGACAGCUGGAGUGAUAUAUUAUAGAACAGAUAUUUUAGGUAAAUUCAUUAUCGUGUCUGACAUUUGUCAUCAGGGGGCUUGAUCAGAGUGGAAAAUCGCAGUUGUACAUUUUCGACGUGUUUUGCGUCAGGUUGCAGAUGCAGUCUUGUGGAUUCUGUCUUGAUCCUCUUGUAGACAGGCAUAGAGGUUUGAGUAAAGAGCAACACAUAUAGGUUUAUUCCAUGCUGAGAGGUAAAGAAAAGAGACACCUGAAGAAGGCUUCACAGCAGAAACACUGUGUUUCUUUUCUUUACCCUUCUACAUGGAAACAACCUUUACCCGUUGCUUGACAAACAAAUACCUGUUUACUGCUGUCUGAGCCCUAGGCGCUACACAUCAGCCCAGCUCAUUCCACAUCCCAGCUCGUCCCAGCCAGAUGACCUAAAGGCUGGUGACUAGGGCAUCCACAGCAUUACUCUCCCUUUCUUAUCUCACAACUCAGCCAUUGUUACACCAGCAGGAAGAGGAGUUGAGUUGUCCUGCUGGAGUGUUGUCAGAUCAGGAUGGGCCUGGAGGAAUGGUAGCAUGUCAGGUCCCAGGGCGUGAUGAGUGUAUCGCUGUGCCAUCAGCUUGCUACUACAAGGGGAUGGUUGGUCAUGAGUUAACACCCCUGCCUGUGCUCCCUCACUCUGGCUCGGAGCUCCUAGAUAGUGGCUCAUCACUGACAGACUGUGGCCAGAUGGCAAGCAACAGUGCUCUGACGUGGUCCAACCUCCAGCAUACCCGUGGCACAAAGGUGCUGUUCUCUUGUAAGCAGGGAGUAUCGGUUCCUUUCUGCAUUUUUUUGCUCUUGAUUGUGACAAUAUGUCAUAGUCAACAGGUUUGCCCGAUCAAUUCUCUCAUUAAAGAAGUGUAGUGUUUAAGUAACAGUCACUUAAAUGUAUCAUGGUCAGUCAUGAAUGAUCAAUUAAUCAAAAUACAGAAUCUGUAUACUUUGUUUUUCUGAAAACAUACAUGCAUUAAAGGAUAACUUUCCUUUGAUGAUGGCUAUGUAUUCUGAACUAAUGUAAGCACAUUAUAUGACAUGGGUGUGAUUCCAAGUAAUUUGUGCUGCUACAAAUAUAACGGCAAAAUAUAUUCAUAUGCUAAUUUGUUGUAGCAUUUAAGAAGUGUAACAGUUGUUCUACCCAGAGUUCCUCUUAGAAUAGCUCCUGAGACCAAGAAUGUUUCAAGAAUAAUAGGCAAAAUGUUUUGUGGUGUGCGAUAAAACAAAAACAAAGAAGGUGCAAUACACAGGAAUUACAAUCACCAUGGUCAUUAUAGCAGGUAAACCGUUAUUUUAACAGUAUCACAGUAGAAGGAUAUUUUUCAUCUUCACGACUGAUGACAUCCAUUUUCCAGAUGAGAAAGUAUAAAUACAGUACUGUAGUCUCUGUACAGAAAAGGUUUUUGCAGUAUAGGGCGCAGUGUGAUUCUGUCUAGGGUUAAGGCUUCCGUUACUUCACAUAGCAGUCCGCUGGAACUUUGCCUUUCGAUUGUUUUUUGUUGGCAAGUUUGUUUCUUCAGCAUCUGGGUACAGAAAUGGCACCUUCACUAACAAAUCAUUUGCACACUUUUGCACCACGCUGCUUUGUCACGUCAACAGGGCACUUUAGUAUGCACUGUGAUUGUCCUGUCACUCUUUUUCUAACUGUGAGCCCUGUUAUGAUUUAUAGUACUCUGCUGUAUGUUGUGCUAUGUAAAGAUGCAUAGUUUUAGGGCAAUACUGGUGUAAAGAAAGAGAUCUGUAUAUGAUCAGUUUUAGAUUUUAUAGUGUCAGUGGCUGCAGCACUCAUCCUCUGACACCCACAGCUGUGUCUGUUGCACGUCUGCCUUCAAAGACAUAUUUGGAAGCAUGUGAGCUUCAGAAAGACAGCUUCAGCUUUUCUCACCCUUAAGUAAUACAGCAGAACAUACUGUCUGAGGUGCCUGGCCUUCUCCCAGGAGGAAUAGUAGUACUAAGGCCAUGUCUAGGAAGUGGAGUGUGUGGGGUUCUAAGGUACUUAUAAGACUGUCUUUUGUUUCUGUAUUACAGUGUCUGUUGUUUAAAAUGGCUUCAGCUUGCAAUAACAAAAAAAACAGUAUUGAUUUUGUACAUAUAAGAUCUUUUAUCUUGAUGUAUUUGACCAGUAGUUUUUACAAAAUUUUAUACUUUCUUAUAUAUGUUUAUACAUUUAACCUUCACUUCAUCCCAGUGCUUCAGUAGCGUUGAUGAAGACCUUCAGUGCUCAGUAGACCUGCAUUGUGUUUGCUGCUCUUUUUCUAUUCUGCUGUUUUAUAAAAGAAGAGAUUGUCAGGAUACUGACCAAUACACCCAACCUGUUUGUUCUCCAAGACUCAUGUAGGACUUUUCCCUUAAAACAUCAUGUUGCUAGAAAUACUUUAUAUUUCUGACCACAGAACUUGAAAAAUGGAAGUCAAUACUAGAGUUAUUGUAAACAAGGAUGAGUAUGAAAUCUGUUUUUCUCUACAAAAAUGUAGAGUUUUAAGUUUUUGUCUUGGGAAUAUAUUUUCUAAUGGUCAUAAUCUCUCUCUCCAGUAUGACAGUAAAAUUCUUUGUUACCAAUGGUUUUAAUAUUUCACUUCUUUAUCUUGGAUAUUAAUACAACAGAAUUUGCUCAUAUGAACAGUUUUCCAUAUUCAGAACUUUCUCAGAAUGAUAGCCUGAAAAAAAACCUUCUGGGAUAAGGGAUUGCUUAAUGAUCAUGGGAUUGUUUCCUCUGGGGAACGUGAAGACUUUACCAUUGAGAGAGAGAGAACAGUGUUGCAUUAAUAAUCAUUUGGGCCACAUAUUGGACUCUGGGAAAGCCUGGCUUUUAUCUGACUGUUUUCUGGAUAUGGAGAAACUUUGGAAAUCAGCCAGGUUCAUGCCUGGAUAUUGAAGACAAAAUAUUUGAAAUUGCUGUACAUCUCUUUGAGUUUUCUAAGCAAGUAAUUGUGUGAUGUGGAAGCAAUGAUGUAUGCAAGUAUCUGUGUCGAGAGCUUUAUUCAUUAGAGCAGUAGGCAUUGCUUAAUAAAAUUAAUUUAAGACUGGAAAAGCAUUUUAAGAAGCUGAAGCUUUUACUUGGGGUUCACAGAAUCUAUCUUUUAUACUGAUGUGUUUGAAGAAAAUGCCUAAUAAACUUUUAAAAAACUGUAA